AUGCUCGCUCCGCGUCUUGUUCUUCUCAACCUCGUUCGGCACGUCCAUCUCUGCACUUUGCGAUCGAGCAUCGUCAUGUCUUCAACCACCACCGCCUCGCCGCUCGACUUUGGUCUUGCUGGCGUGCACGUUCUCGUGUCAGGUGCUUCAGGCGGGAUCGGCUUCGAGACAGCCAAAACCUUCCUCGCAGCUGGAGCGAAAGUCACCGCCCACUACAACACCACCCCCCGCGAGCUCGCUUCCACCCCGAACCUAGUCUCGCUCCAAGCCGAUGUCACUUCCGAAUCCGACGUCGCGCGGCUCUUCACCCAAGCCGAGGCUGCCCAAGGCCUUCCCGUGCAGAUCCUCAUCGUCAACCACGGCAUCUGGCCCGUUCAACCCGUCCCGCUGGCAGAAAUGUCGCUCUCCCAAUGGCGCAACACCCACUCUGUCAACCUCGACGGUGCAUUCCUCCUCGUCCGUUCCUUCCUCUCCGCCCUCACCAACCUUCCUUCCACCACCACAGAUCCCGCUUCCAUCUGCUUCAUAGGUAGCACAGCCGGUAAAUUCGGCGAACACGAUCACGCCGAUUACGCCUCCACAAAAUCCGCCUUGAUGUACGGACUGGUUCCCACGCUCAAGAAUGAAAUCGUACGAAUCGCUCCCAAGGGAAGAGUCAACUCCGUCAACCCAGGUUGGGUUUUCACCCCUUUGGCAGAGGAAACCAUCAAGGACGACAAGGUGAGAGCAAAGGCGCUGGCUAGCACUCCGUUGCAGAAGGUAGCCAUGCCCGCAGAUGUCGCGAGACAGGUUGUGGUGCUCUCGAGUCCCACGCUGAGCGGUCAUGUUACCGGUGUAAAUUUGCAGGUGGAUGGUGGUAUGGAAGGUAGAUGUCUUUAUCCACCUCCGGCGUAG